AUGGGUGCGGGUCAAUCACAGCCAGCCGAGUCCAAAUCCAUCUACAUUACAGAGGAGGAUGUGCCAGAAGCCUACAGAACAGUAGGGGUGUCAGAGGAAGUGGUAAAUGCAGUCAAUCAAGCUCAAAACAGGACCGGGAAGGUUGUGAUAGAAGCAGCGACAGAUCCCGAACUUGCGUGAGUAGUUUUAACUUAUUUUGUUUUUUGGUUUUUAGAUGAGAGUCAUGAAUAAUAAAGAGGGAUUCAAAACUAGACUUACUUUUGAAGUUGAAUCGGUAAAAUUCGAAACGCAGCUUGAGCAGUAGGUGACGUCCUAUUUUGCCAUACACAGCAAAGCCACUUCUAGAAACACGUUUGUGUUGACACAAAUUUAUCGGGAAAUCUGCAUAAAAUAGGACUUUUACGUUUGCAAACGCGUUUGUAAAAAAAGCUGUCAAUUUUCGCGAAAUUUUUUAUUUCUUCUGUCUCAGCGAUACGUGGCUUGUUGUACGUAAUGUUUCCUUUGGAUUGCUGUACUUGUAAGGCCACUUGUACCUGCGGAAAUUCGACUUCUUCCACCUGCGAUCCACCUGAUGCAUGUUGUGGAGAAAAAGAUCCGAUGUUCGUUUUUUUAUACAAAAUUUUUUGCAAUUUCUGAUGUGCUAGAUUUCCUACAGCCUUUUGAGUUGAUGUUACGAUGUUUUUCACAGUCAAAAAUAAGGGAUACGAGCAAUGAUCAUCUUAAUUUACAUCAUUAUAGCUGUAUGUUUCAGUAAGGAGCUAGAAAGGCAAAGAAAUGAGAACCGCCGACUACGAGAAGAGAUGUUGCGGUUGUCGCAGCUCCAGUCCCGACAAAUCUCCGUCAAUCCCGCAGACAGUCGAGCCGACAUCGAGGAGAAGAAGAAAGUCUUCGAAGAGACGGUGGACCGAGUAAAACAACAAUUUUUUGGUUACCAGAAGGAGAACGCAUGUUCUGAUGUGGAGAAGGUAGGUCGAUUUGGUUGAAUAUUGCUUUUAGAGGGAGUUUUUUCCAUGCCAGUCCGAAAAAUUUUGAGUAUUAUUAAAAUAUUAAAAUUUUGGAUAUUGCACUUGACAAAAAUGCCGAUUUUUGCGUAAAAUUUGGAGUAGAUAUGGUAGAUUGUAGUAUUACAAGUGCAGAAGAGAUCCUACGGUAUUAGAUAGUGUAAAAUCUAUCAUGGAAAGAGCGUCGCAUAGCCGAGAUUUGACUCAUUUUCGGCGGCGCCAUCAAAAGUCCUCUCAACCUUGGGGAAGAGAUCCUUAUCAAAGCGGGAAAUACUUUUUUACUGCACGGCAAAUUAGCCGAGUGAGAAAAAAGUGUGUAAUAAUGAAGAAUUGGGGGAUCUGAGAAUGGGAUUUGCCGGAUUUACCAACAGUUUUAAGGGUUAUAUUAUACUUGAUGUAAGAUUUUUAAUUUUUUAUUUUUUUGGCGUUUCUUAGAUGUCUGGAGAUCCCAGUGAAUAGUGAAAGUGUCAGAUCCAAAGAAACGUCAAGAUUUAUCCCUUGAAAAUUAUUCCAAAUCCCCUUGAUCAAGCGAUCUCGCCCCAGGCAAUGACAGGUUUAUGACUCUCCGAAGUCGUUCGAAUAUGUUUGUUUACGCAAGAUCAGUGGUUUGUAACGAAAGAGAAAUCCAGAUAUCCUACAGAAGACUCUGGGGCUCAAAAAAGCUCGAUUUAUCCCCAAAAUUUAUGAGUUUUUCGAUAAAAACUUGCCGCCGAAUGCAAAUUAAUGGGAUUUUCUCGCGGAUCAGAGAGUGUUUCGGAGCAUUAAUUGGUUGACAAGGCUCUGACAAAGUGAUCUUGUCAUAAUUGUGACAUUUGGGAAGGGAUGAGGACCUUUGUUUGUUUGGAAAUCGGUUGGCUCGAAGGAAUUGGAGAUGGAUUUUCGGGGAUGGCCUAUGAUCGAAGGGAUUUUGGUGGUCUCGAGGUUGUCUUAUUUGUAUUUUGUUUGUAAUUACAUAUUGGAAAUGGAGAGAAAUCGCAUUUUUUAUCUUUUUUUUUGCCUUAAAAUUGACUGGAUUUUACAAAAAUGGUUAAAAAUUUGUCUUGAUCUUUCGGUGUUUAAAGUGGUCCAUUUGAUUUCACGAUUUCUCAUACUUUGUAUUCUGUUAUUCUUUUUGAUCCAAGGUUUCCGAACCACCAUUUGUCGCUGAUUACUCGCCUCUAACUUUGCAUUUAAUCCAAUUUGGUCGAAGACUUGACUCUUCUCUCUCUCGUCAUGCUUCUCCAGGUAAUCCUUGAUGAAUACGAUUCUUUCUGUUGUGAUUUUCCCCCCUCAAUCGAUCAGCAUUACGCCAGCAGAAGCUUUGCAAUUUUCCAAGUGCUAAAACGGCUGUUUUGUUUUGCCGCCCCUGUCAAAUUAUGUAAAUGCGCGGGUGAUUGAUCCGCUCUGAUUUCCGUUUAGCGCCUGAGAAAGAGCCUUGUGGAAGAGCAGGGAAAGAAGUCGAAAUGCCAGGUUGUAAUAGCUGAAAUUUCUUGGUAUUCUGGAAGUUUGGUCGUUUGUUGUAUGGAUUUUUGACAAGGAAAGUACUUCUAUGGGGUAUGGAGUUACAGGUCGAGACAUAUAUCAAAAAAUUGCAAAAUUUUUCUGAUUUAGAAUAUGUAAAAGUUAGCUGCCUAAUUUUGGUUUGUAAGGGUGAAAAAUUCCUAUGAACUUCCAUUUCAUUUACAUGGUGUUGCGAGAAAAGUUCAUAGGAUUUUUUCACCCUUACAAACCAAACCUAUGCAGCUAACUUUUAGAUAUUCUGAAUCAUAAAAAUUUUGCGAUUUUUUUGAUAUAUGUUUCGACCUGUAACUCCAUACCCGAUAGAAGUACUGUCCUUGUAAGAAGAAUCGACAGAUUUUCCUUUGUUUGUUGUUUUACGGCUCUCUGUAAAAUUUGACCUAUAAAUUUGCCGUCUUCCUCUCCGGGAUCUCGAAAAUAAGAGUAAUCCGAGUUCGAAAGAUUUGGGUUAGGUUUGUUUAGUAGGUUUGCGGUAGUAGUUGUGGUGGCAAUGUUUUUCUUUGUUUAAAUGUGAGUGCCGCUAUGAAGAUGUCUUACUUUUUAUCGCUUUCUUGUCUCAUCUUGCCUCAAUUUGUUUGAGUUGGUUGUGUUGGCAAACAUUUGUUUUCCCCAAUUGAAAUUACUCGUUUCUCCCAAGGAAUUUCCGGAUUCAACACAAUUCCUCUUGUCGUUACCCAAUUAUUUUGUCGUGAUCGUAAAUGGGUUUGUGGGUUAUGCGGCCACUUUUUAUAAACACGGUGGUUGCGUAAAAGGAAAACUGAUGUUUUUUAUGCGUAUUGUUUCGAAGGCAUCGUUGACCUUGAAGGAUGUUAUCAUUGUAAUAGAGGUGAUUAGCAGGUCUUCCUUGAUUUCUGGAUGGAGAUUCGAGUAGGGAUUUUCUUGUGACCUUCUUGUCAUUUUGAGAACUCUCUAGCCAGAAAAACGUUGAAUAUUUUGGCUGCUCAACUGGCAAUGUAAAAUUUUGAUACCAAAUUUUUACCCAUCAUGGAGGAAAUUUUUGAGUUUACUCCUCUGUACCGCUCUUCGGAUGUUGUUCUAGCCAUAGAACCUUUCCCUAAUGACUCAUUGUUUCCUUUACUACUGUACUGAGAUAAAUCAAUGGCUCGCUUGUCGACCCCAAUACGAAACCGCCAUAAAUUACGGAGUGUUUGAUCCGCCGUCGGUGGUCAUGGUUUUCACGUAAUUUAUGAUGUUAGUUUAGACUAAUUAAACCCCUCUUUUGAUUCGUUUUUCAAUUUGGAAAUUGGCUCAUCGAAAAGGAAUUGAGAAUCAAAUCUGGACCGGAACGAUUUGUAGGCUGGGUAAUUGGUGAAAGUUUCCUCCGAUUCCUCCUUGGGUAAUUGGUAUAAUGGCAGAAGUUAUAGGUUUACAAUUUUGUUUAGUGGAGGGUUUUUGAUGGAAACAGUAAAGUUGACAAUUGGUAGGAAAUUGUCGAAGGAAGAAUUGGAGAUUUGAAGAGCUUGCGAUAUUGUCAUAGCUCUUCGUUAUGCCGAAUUUAUGACUACAGAAUUUUGAUCGAGUCUCUUGGUUUGCUCACGUUUAUUCGUUCGGAUUAGGAGGUAGUUAGUCAUGAAGAUCUCUGACUUAUUGUCUUGAUGUCUUUGUGGAAUAAGGUGGUUGAAUUGUCAAGAGGCCGUACCUUUGAUUUUUUCCUUUGCGUCUUUUAAAACCAAGAUCUUAUCGCAUCUUGAAUUACGAUCAUCCCCGUAAACUUUUACUCACUCCAAAGUAACUGAAAACUUUUGUGAAAGGGCUUUAUGACAAACCCGGUGCUCAAGGCCACUCUCGCGUUUAUUCAAAUUUUCCCACGACCGAGGAAGUGAGGCAGAGCGCGCAGGUAUUUCGCCUCUCAAGCGGCGCUGAAGAGGAAUCGGUUUCGACCUCAGCUGGAAACUGAAUCCGAUUCCCACUGAAUGUUUUCGGGCUUUGUUAUGUCUGGAAGGUGAAGGGGGAAGAGUAAGGUAAUGAUCGAUUUUCUUGGGAAGGAUGGUGGAGUAGAAGAUGGAGAUUUUGAACGAUGAGGAGGUUUUUGGUGCUUUCUUGUCGUUAUAAGAAGGUUUUGAAGGCUUAUUAAGAGCCUAAACAUGUGGUUAUCUUGAUUUUUUGCUAUUAGUGGCCUUUCUGUUAAGUGUGAGGUAGUAAAUCCUAAAUAGUUUGGGUGCCAUCAGCAAUAAUUUGGUAAAUAUUACAAUAUUUUACGAAGUUUUUUCCCAAGAAAGUGGAAGUUAAUUAUUCCCAUGAACUGAGGUUGUUACUCUCGAAUUAAUUCGAAUUUUGUGUGCAUUAACGAACUUUCGUCGAAGUUUUGGAAUGAGUAAUGUAAAGAAGAGGGAUGACGUGUUUGUUUUGUAAAAUACGUUCUCGGUUUGUUAAAUUGCUACAACGGGUACGGUGGAUUUCAAAUAAUUCUCUUUUGUAAUUAUUGUCCACCUGUCAGCAGUGACAAAAACCAACGCUCCGGGUGUUUCGCGUCAAAAAUGGCGCGAAAGAUUGGCGAACCCGAUAAGGGCCGCGAACCCGUUCAAAAAAAGGCAAUCGAAAGCGUUCGAAAUCUAAAUAAUGGGAUAACAAAAGGCGCAGCGGUCGUGGAAUGGGGUAAAGGAAGGUUCACGGGAUUCCUCGAGGGGUCUUUUGGAUUUUUUGAGGGUUUACUUUGAUUAUUUUUGGGAGUGGAUUUACAAUAUGGUGGAAUUAUGGACUUAUUCCGGGUUUUUGGGCAAAAUAGGGUUUAAUUUGGCAUAAAGUGGAGCCUUGUAGUAUCUAUGAAGGUUUCUGCGAUAAGUAGAGCAGCAUUUUUUGACUUACCGAUAGUUGCUUUCAACUAUGCUGGCUAAGAAUGUAGUGUGGUAGUAUAAAGUGUAACAUUUUUUACCAAAAAUGUAAGAUGCAGUGGGGGACCUGAUCCAGUGGCAAAAAACGUAUAAUUUUGCAUCCGGGAAGUAUCAAAAAUGUGGCAAAAUGCUUCCCUUUUCAAGUUUAAAAGCUUCGAUUUCAAAAGGGGCCCGGUCUUUUUUGUGAAGGAAAAGGUGUGCCCUUCAGAACGAAGUUUUUUCACUUGGUGAGGGAAGCAUUUUGCCACAUUUUUUUGAUACUUCCCGGAUGCAAAAUGACACGUUUUUUGCCACUGGAUCAGGUCUGUCACUGUAAUAUACGGCUGAUUUUUUGGACUGGAAAGGAUGGAACUCCCUCUGGUUGCUCUGUAAAUGGAGCAGCCCGGUUUGCAUUCAAACUUUUGAUUUGAAUCGGUUUUAGCAAUUGUUGCGCUGCCUCCAGCACAACAAAUCCAAAAUCCUGAACUGCGAAGGGCUCCGCUUCGACCUGGACAAGUGUGUGGCGGAGGUUCGCAACGUCGUUCUGAAAGGAGCCUAA